AGAAGCUCUGGGGCCUUCCAAAGGUGUAUUGGGCCACUGGUGUCCUCUUGGUCAUGAUAGCCGCCACUCUCCUCAUCACAACUUUCGAUAAGUCUGCGACCAAAUGGCCCUUUGAUGGUUACGUCCGAUAUCCAUCGUCUGGCAGCGAGGGUCCUAGGCGCCAACUGCGCAUUCUGUACCACAACGCUACAGAAUGGUCACGUAACAAUCCCCAUGAUCAUGGCGAGUGGAAGAUUCGGAUAGAUGAUCAAUCACUGAUACCUAUCGAGGCGUGGGAUGAAGAUGAAGACCGGUACCAGCAGUGGUUCCACGACCGGUAUGAUGUCAUGCGUGAAGUCGUUGAGAACAAAAGCUAUAUACGUCCCAGCUGGCUUGGGUCUAUGGAAAUUGCAGUGCCUUGGGACGACGAGUUUCAAUUGGCACACUGCAUCGUUGCUAUGAGACGAUACUGGAAAGCCAAGGAGACUGUAGGCAUGUGUACCCGCGCGAUAUUGCGCCUCCUCAUAUCGAACAUUGUCUCAACUGGCUAGAAGGGGUCGCCUUC